GUUGUGCAUUGGUGGGUCUAAAGGUGAAAGUAUCAGUACCUUUCCUAAGAUUGAGCUGUGGAUGUUGUCUCCUACUACUUUUUGUUUAUUCAUUUCAGCCAAUAUAUCGGUGAAAGGAAUCAUGGGGUUCUGACAAUGAACAGAUCAAGACCGUGAGAUUUGAUGUGCAAAUUAAGCAUAUAUAUUGGGUUUGCUAGUGACAAGUUUUGUUCAAGGGAAAGAUAGUUAGCCAUGGGGGAAUUCAAACACUUUGUAAUUGUUAAGUUCAAGGAAGGUGUGGCGGUUGAAGAGCUCACAAAAGGGAUGGAGAAGUUCGUUUCAGAGAUUGAUGCUGUCAAGUCCUUUGAAUGGGGACAGGACAUUGAAAGCCUAGAUGUGUUGAGACAAGGUUUCACUCAUGCCUUCUUGAUGACAUUCGACAAGAAAGAAGACUUCGUUGCAUUUCAGAGCCACCCCAAUCAUGUCGAGUUCUCCACAAAAUUUUCAGCAGCUAUAGAGAAUAUAGUGCUGCUGGAUUUCCCAUCUACUCUUGUCAAGGCCCCAGCAUGAUCCUAAACAUUUUCAUCAAUAAAGAUUCCCUAUUUAAAUCUAUUUAGUGUUUGUUGGUGCUUAUGUCCUCUAUUUUUAGUUUUGUUAUGAGUUGUUACUGGCUUACUGCCACUCUCGUGCAAUUUGAUUUUGUAGUAUGAGUUAUGAAUUAUAAUGAUGAACUCUUUUUGCCUUCUUAUUGAUUGAUA